AUGUCAACCGACAAUACACUAAAUAGAAAAACACAUGAAAUAAUAGAAAACUGCAAAGAAAGAGAUGGUGGAAAGAGAGAGAAGGUGGAAAGAAAGAGAAGGUGGAAAGAGAGAGGAGGUGGAAAGAAAGAGAAGGUGAAGAGAAAGAGAAGGUCGAAAGAGAGAGGAGGUGGAGAGAAAGAGAAGGUGGAAAAAAGAGAAGGUGGAAAGAAAGAGAAGGUGGAAAGAAAGAGAAGGUGGAAAGAGAGAGGAGGUGGAAAGAGAGAGAAGGUGGAAAGAGAGAGAAUGUGGAAAGACAGAGAAGGUGGAAAGAGAGAGGAGGUGGAAAGACAGAGAAGGUGGAAACAGAGAGAAGGUGGAAAGAGAGAGGAGGUGGAAAGACAGAGAAGGUGGAAAGAAAGAGAAGGUGGAAAGACAGAGAAGGUGGAAAGAGAGAGAAGGUGGAAAGAGAGAGAAUAUAGAAAGAAAGAGAAGGUGGAAAGAGAAAGAAGGGGGAAAGACAGAGAAGGUGGAAAGAGAGAGAAUGUGGAAAGACAGAGAAGGUGGAAAGAGAGAGAAUGUGGAAAGAGAGAGAAGGUGGAAAGACAGGGAAGGUGGAAAGAGAGAGAAGGUGGAAAGAGAGAGGAGGGGGAAAGACAGAGAAGGGGGAAACAGAGAGAAGGUGGAAAGAGAGAGGAGGUGGAAAGAGAGAGAAGGGGGAAAGAGAGAGAAGGUGGAAAGAGAGAGAAUAUAGAAAGAAAGAGAAGGUGGAAAGAGAAAGAAGGGGGAAAGACAGAGAAGGUGGAAAGAGAGAGAAUGUGGAAAGACAGAGAAGGUGGAAAGAGAGAGGAGGUGGAAAGAGAGAGAAGGUGGAAAGAGAGAGAAUGUGAAACAGAGAGAAGGUGGAAAGAGAGAGAAGGUGGAAAGAGAAAGAAUGUGGAAAGAGAAAGGUGGAAAGAGAGAGAAGGUGGAAAGAGAGAGAAGGUUUGA